AUGGUACUUUUUGAGAAGAGAAGGAAGAUAUCCAAGGCCCUAAAAGGAUUCAUACUACCAGCAAUAAUUCAUCAGCUAAAUGUAGCCUCAAAGGGACUGAACCAUCUGAAGGCAACUAAGGGUGGACCCAACCAAGCAGAGGUGAUAGUCAUGUACAAUGAUGAAGUUGUCAAGAGGCAUGUUGUCUACCUGGACCAACAUGAGUGUACAUGCAGAGAGUGGCAAGUGAGUGGCAAGCCCUGUCCCCAUGCACUGGCAGUCAUAACAACUGAAAGGCAGCCAAAUAUGGAGCAAUAUGUGGAUGUGGCCUACUCAGUGCACAAGUUCCAAGCAGCAUAUGCAGGAAUGAUUCCUGUCAUCACUGAUAAGAGCCAAAGGGCCGGGAGUUGA